AUGUCUUACCAGCUGUACCGGAACACUACACUCGGCAAUACUCUGCAAGAGAGCCUGGACGAACUGAUACAGUAUGGACAAAUCACACCACAGCUGGCCGGGCGGGUUUUAGUGCAGUUUGAUAAAUCUAUUAACGCGGCACUUUCGAAUCGGGUAAAAUCCCGUGUCACUUUCAAAGCUGCCAAACUCAACACCUACCGCUUCUGCGACAACGUCUGGACGCUGAUGUUGAACGAUGUCGAAUUUCGGGAGGUACACGAGUUUGCACGGGUGGACAAAGUCAAAAUCGUUGCUUGUGAUGGCAAAAAUGUCAGCACAGGGGAUGAACCAAGCAGAUAG